AUGGGACUUGAGAGAACACAGCUGCUCUUGGCACUGUUGGUGCUGCUGACCUGUCUGCGGCCUGGAAUGGCCCCUGAGCUUGUCCCCUACAUACCGAAGAUAACAGCCCAAGACCUGGGUGGGAGGGUCACGGCCAGCACCUUCUCCCUGGAGCAGCCGCGCUGUGUCUUCAAGCAGGCCGGUACCACUGACACCAUCUUGCUGGUGGUGGCCUACAGCAAUGUCUCCGUAGACCUGCAAACCCCAAAGACAGUUAUGCAUGGCCUGGCUGCCCCCCAGCUGCAGACCCAUAGCUACUACCUGACGAUGCCCAUGGCCCCGGAGCAUCUGCGCUGUGAGGCGCCUCAGGGCGGUGGCCGCCGCAUCCAGGUCCUGCGGGUGGGCAAUGACUCCCACUGCCUUGAGGAUCCCCAACUGUCUUCUCGCUGCAAUGCCCCCCUGCCCAGCCCAGGGCCUUACAGAGUCAAGUUCCUCCUGGUGGAUGCCUUGGACACCCUUCGGGCCCAGACUAUGUGGUCUGACCCCAUCACCCUCACUCGAGGUCAGACCCCGGGCUCCAUCGACAUCUGGCCUGGAUGCCGCAGCAGAGGCAUGAUCGUCAUAACUGCCGUGCUGUCGAUCCUGGCCGGCCUCCUACUCCUGGCCUUCCUGGCUGCCUUCACCAUGCGCUUCUCCAGCCUGUGGAGGCCUGAGGAGGCCCCGGAGCAGCUGAGAAUUGGCUCCUACAAGGGGAAGCGUUACAUUACCUACCACAUCCCACCCAAUGAGGCCUCCAUGCUGGGGGACCCUCUCCCCAAACUCAGACCCUACUCCCCGGCCUCGGGCAGGUUGCAGGGGCCUUCCUCUGCCUUGGAACCUCGCAUCACCCAGGAGGAACUCCGCAACCCAACGCCAUCCUCCGUCAGUAGUUCUCAAAUCAACCACACGAGGGCGCUGGUGCACUGCAACUGCUAG